AUGAGACAAUUCAGGGAUCCCCCGCCCGCCCCUCGGCCUCCCAAGCCCGUCGCCCUCCCCCGGGGCCGGAAGCCCCCCAGCCAGCCCGAGAGGAGCCGUAGCAACGAGGAAGCAGGCGGCACAGGAGGAGGGGCAGCCGCGGAGGAAACACGUACGUCCCCCCCAAUAGCCCAACCCCGACGCAGAGCCGAGGAGCAAGAGAAUGAAGGGGACCCUGAGGUAGGAAAGAAGGCGGCCCCUCUCAAACCAAAGAGGACGCGCCGGGCACAGUCAUGCGACAAGCUGGAGUCAGAUCGGGGCCGAAACCCUGGCUCUGGAGCUCCCUCUCUCUUCAGGAACUCCCGAAUCUGGGACAGAAUGAUGGACAGGAGAUCCCUCAACGUCGUCGCCGCCACCGCCGGAAGCUGCGAUGCCCUUUCAUCUCCUGGCGGAACGAGCGAAGGAACAUGAGAGAGGGGGAGCAGAGGCUUGGGGAGGCCUCCUUUCCGCUGCCCUCAGCUCUCCCCCUCCCUCAGAAGAGGGGCUGACCUCUCCCGCCCUAGAGAAACUGUCCGUCGGGACCUGCUGGGUCUCCAGUGCUGCUGACCGUCAACCCCACCAACUCUUAUUCCUUCCCCCCCCCUCCUCCGUUUGUGCCUGUAUCCUUCCCUCGCUUCUGGGUCGGAGCCACCACCCCCCGACCCUCGUGCCCCAGAGGGACUAAGGACACCACCGCCACCCCUUUUAAAAAUCGGGGGGCGGGGGUUGAGAGAGAAAAAAAGCCACAAUGAACCACCCCCCCACCACCACCUCCUGCUCCCUUUCGCCCAUAAUACUUGGGGUGUUGUCGAGACUCGGGUGAAAUAUACACCAUUCUCCCCUGCCCCCCCCUCCGGCCGCCUUUGCUGCCCCCCCCCAACCCAAAGCCCUCUCCAUAAUCUGCCGGCCCCUAGCAUUUCACGCCUCCCCCUCCCCUCCUCCCUUCAUUCUUACCGUUCUAUUUUAAGCUUGUACAAAAGGGA